AUGAUUACUUCGGAAAAUUUUUAUUGCUGGUAUUAUUUUUUAUCUAUCUAUCUAUCUAUCUAUCUAUCUAUCUAUCUAUCUAUCUAUCUAUCUGUUGAUUUGGUUUGGUUUGUUUUACGGCAUAUCAACGUCAAUGGGUUAUUUCAUGACGACAAAAUUUUUAUUGCUGGUGAUAUUUUUUAUCUAUCUAUCUAUCUAUCUAUCUAUCUAUCUAUCUAUCUAUCCUUUCCUUUUUACCUUUCUUUCUGUCAGUCAAUUCCUAACUCGGCUCUUUACUUUCUAUUUCACACUCUCUCUCUCUCUCUCUCUCUCUCUCUCCCAUUCUCUCUCACAAUCUAUCUAUCUAUCUAUCUAUCUAUCUAUCUAUCUAUCUAUCUAUCUCAUGGUUUAUUUAAUGCCGACAAGAUUUUUAUUGCUGGUAAUAUUUUUUAUCUAUCUAACUAUCUAUCUAUUGAUUUGGUUUGGUUUGUUUUACGGCAUAUCAACGUCAAUGGGUUAUUUCAUGACGACAAAAUUUUUAUUGUUGGCAAUAUUUUUUUCUAUCUAUCUAUCUAUCUAUCUAUCUAUCUAUCUAUCUAUCUAUCUAUCUCAGUAUAUAUUGAUUUAGUUUAG